AUGGCAACCCGCUCCAGGCCGCCCUCUCAAGCCCGCUCCCCUGUCGAUCAAGGACAGCUGGGACCCAACUUUCCGCCAGCCUCCCCUGAGCUUGGCAAAGUCAGCCUUGAAAGGGUCAUCCACCUCCUUUGGGGACUCCAGUCCCAAGUCGACCGCAUCAAGCGGACCCUCUUGGAACAAAACAAAAUUAAUCAAGAGGUUUGCACCAAUGUUGAAAACAUCUCCCAAGCAGUCGAUGUUGUCAAGGAUGGGCUUGCCCAACUCCAGCUCCCCCGGGGACCCAACACCCCAGAAGAUCAAAAACCUCCCGCGGUUGAGGAAACUCCCAGGGCUGCGCCCAAAGCCAAGCCUAUUGGCAAGGCUCAACCUUUCCUUGGGGCCCCAGCCCCCAUCAUCUCCACAGGGGCCCCCAGGCGCAACCCCUUAUCCCUUUUUAAUCCCUAUCCCUCCUUGUCCUUCCCUUCAGGACCGGCUCCAACAGCCCCAACAGCACCUCCAGCAGCGCCCCAAGUCACUCCGGCGCUGCCUCCAGCCCCCUCCACUGUAAAAGUGGAUCACCCAGAUGCCUUUAAAGGCAAGAUUGGCUCGGAGGCCAAACAAUGGCUGACUUGUAUGUUGGCCUGGGUCCGCCUCAAUCAGAGGCAGUUCCCCUCGGACCUGGAGGUCCUAAGCUUCUUGCUCAUGAACAUGACAGAAGCAGCUGGGGCCUGGGCCCACCCCCACUUGGACCAACUAGGGUCCCACCGCGCGCUCAUUCAGACCGUGGAUGAGUUCAAAGUUGAAUUCCUGGCCGCCUUUGGCAACCCAGAUGCAACCAGAGCAGCGGAGCGGAAGAUUACUUCCCUCACUCAGACCGGCACUUGUGCCAAAUAUAUCACUAAGCUCUGCACGCUGCAAAUGGAACUUGACUGGAACGAUGCCGCACUUUGCGGUCAAUUUGCGCAAGGACUCCACUGGGAGGUCCAAAAACAAAUUGCCACAAGGGAGAGGCAACCCCAUACCCUGAGGGAGCUGCAAGAUGCUGCCCUCAUCAUUGACAACGCCCUCCGUGAGGAGAGAGCCAGCCACCCGCAACAGGGUAAUAAGUCUGGCAAAUCUUCUACUACCCCCAACCGGGGGGCAAGUACCGGCCAGCAGGCCACCAGAACCAGCCCCCUCUCCUCUGAUCCCAAUUACGUCUUGGAGGACAAGCGCAAUUGCUGCCGCGCAGAAGGUCUCUGCGUGAAAUGUGGCAAGGCCGGGCACAAGUUUGCCAAGUGUAGAACCGGCUGGAAGGCUACCCCUAAGGAGGACAAGGGGAAAGCCAAGGAAACCGCCAAGAUUGGCAAAGACUCCAAGUACCAAUUGGGAAAGGGAAAUCAACCGUUGUUUACUAUUCCAAUCAAACCAGAGAAAAAAGCGGAAUCACUGGAAGUCCUGAUCGACUCAGGCGCCACCUCCUCAUUCAUGCACCACCAAACCGCGGAAUCACUCCGCCUCCCACUCAUUGACCUUCCCUCACCCCGCACCGUUACCAUGCUCGAUGGGUCGAGCCCCCAGGCUGGCAAAAUCUGGAAGAAGGCAGUUCUUACCUUCUCCCUUGAUGGCAAACAUAUGACCAAGACUUUCCUAAUCUGCAAUACAGGGUCUCACGCUGCCAUCUUGGGAUUAAAAUGGCUAGACGCCCAUAACCCGGAUAUUGAUUGGAACCAACAAACCCUUUCCUUCCCCCAUGCCCCACCAGAACACGUGGCCAUUGCCAAAGAAGAGGAAGCUGACAAAAAACCCCUUGAAGGAGUAUUUGGAGAAGAAGAAUUCAACAAGCUUCCUCCCCACAGGCACUACAACAUUGGCAUCAAACUCACAGAAGAAGGCCCCCUCAACUCACCCCUUUACAGUAUGACAGACGCCAAGUCUGCCACACUCAAGGACUGGCUCAGGGAUGAGUUGAAAGCUGGGAAGAUCCGUCCUAGCAAAUCCUCCAUCAGUUCCCCUGUGAUGUUUGUUCCCAAAAAGGAUGGUUCCCGUCGCUUGGUGGUUGAUUACCGUUGCCUCAACAACCGGACAAGAAAAAACGUGUACCCGCUGCCCCGUCCAGAUGAUCUCAUGGCCCAGCUCCGUGGUGCCAAGGUCUUCACCAAGUUAGACCUAAGAUGGGGGUACAACAAUGUCCAAGUUAAGGAAGGCAACAAAUGGAAAACCGCGUUCCGCACCAAGUACGGCUUAUACAAAUCCUUAGUCAUGACAUUUGGCCUCACCAACGCCCCUGCCGCCUUCCAACACUUCAUGAACAAUUUGUUCAAGGACCUGCUAGAUGUAUGCGUCAUCAUUUACCUCAAUGACAUCCUGAUUUACUCCAAGGAUGACGUAUCUCACACUAAGCAUGUUCACAAGGUCCUGAAACAGUUGAUGGAUAACCAGUUGUUCUGCAAAGCGUCAAAAUGCACCUUCCACGUCACCUCUGUGGAAUACCUAGGGAUCAUUGUUUCUGAUAAAGGGUUUAGCCUGGAUAAACUCAAAAUCCAGGCAGUACAAGAGUGGCCCACACCUACAAAGGUCAAGGAAGUCCAGUUGUUCUUAGGCUUUGCCAACUUCCUACGCCGCUUUGUUGCCAAUUUUAGCCACAUGGCCAGGCUGCUGCACAACUUGGUCAAAAAGGACACGCCAUGGAAAUGGGACACAAAGGAACAAGAAGCCUUCCAAGGGCUGAAAGACGCAAUUACUAAUGCCCCUGUCCUUUGCCACGCGGACCCAUCCAAACCCUACUUCCUGGAAACCAACGCCUCAGGAGCAGCACUAGGUUCCAUACUCAGCCAACGUCAGGAAGACGGCCGCCUCCAUCCGCUAGGCUUUCUAUCCAAGUCAUUCAAGGGUGCCAAACAGAACUAUGACACCCACAACAAGGAACUAUUAGCUAUCAUACGCUCCUUUGAGUAUUGGCGCAUUUUCUUGGAAGGAACCGCUCACCCUGUCACCGUAUUCACGGACCACCGCAACCUGGAGUACUGGAAAGAGUCCCAAACAUUCAACCCAGGGUAUAACUUCCAAAUUGUUUACCGCCCAGGAAAGCAGUCCGGAAAACCUGAUGCCCUCUCACAACGUGCUGAUCAUGCCAACAUUCCACCCGCCGCCCAGACCAUGCUCCCUGACCCUGUAUUUGCCAACGUGGCCAUGGUAACUCCUGAGAAGGAACUCCAACGCCAGAUUGAGGCUGCCUUGGACCAAGACAAAUCCCUGGAGGAAAUACUACAAUUCCUCCAAAAUGAGUCAAAGGCCCCACCAUCAAUAAAACAUGCCUUUAGGGAUUACAAAAUGGAGGCAGGCUUGCUAUUUUACCAAGGGAGAAUUGUGGUACCGGACGUUGGAACAUUGAGAACGGACUUACUUUGCAUAUUCCACAACAGCCCUCUAGCUGGCCACCCAGGCAGGCAACGGACCCUAGAACUGACAUGCCAACGGAUCCGGAAACCCAAGUACGCAUCUAUCCCACCUCAACCUCUAGAGCUCCCAUCACGCCCGUGGCAACAUGUAUCAUACGACAUGAUAGUAGACCUGCCCAAAGACGGAAAUAGUGACUCUAUCCUGGUCAUUGUGGAUAGCUUUACCAAGUACGUGAUCCUGGUAGAGUGCUCCAAGAAGCUCAAAGCCCCGGAGUUGGCAGAUCUAUUCCUGCGCCAUGUAUGGAAACGCUACGGCAUGCCUGAGAAGACAGUAUCAGACCGCGGACGGGUUUUUAAUAACAAAUUCCUGAAGGCCCUGUACCAACGCCUGGGAAUAGACCCCCACUUCUCUUUGGCCUACCAUCCUCAAAGUGACGGGCAGACAGAGCGUGUAAACCCCACGGUUGAACACUUCUUACAGGCCUACUCAGGGGUAAACCAGAAAGACUGGGUCAAGUGGUUACCAAUGGCGGAAUUUGCCUACAACAACGCAGUACAUAGCUCAACAGGCAAAUCUCCUUUUAAGGCACUAUACGGUUGGGAACCUUCCUUGACUCCAAGUAAUGUCCCAACAGACAUCCCUGAGGCAGAUGAUCUAGCAACCCAAAUGGAAUCACAAUGGCGGGAAAUGGAGGCGGCACUCUGGCAAUCAAAGACACGCAUGGUGGCCGGGGAAGUAGGAGAACCACUCAAGUUCAAAAUUGGGGAAGAAGCCUGGCUAGACGCCAAAAACGUGAAGCUAAAGACCCUGAGUCCAAAGCUAACUGAACAACGCCUAGGCCCCUUCAAGGUAACCAAGAGAAUCUCCAACAGAGCAUACCGCCUAGAACUCCCGCCAACAAUGAGAAUCCACAAUGUUUUCUACAUGGGUCUUCUGUCAAAAGUCAAAAGGGACAAAAAGCGCAGCUUUGAGAACCGGCCUCCACCUGUUACCGUGGAUGGAGAAGAAGAAUACAAGGUCAAAGGGAUCACAGACAUGGAAGAAAGGAACGGGAAAUGGUUUUUUAGGGUAAAAUGGAAAGGCUACGGAUCAGAGGAGAAUACCUGGGAACCAAGGGAAAACCUCAAGAACGCCAAAAAAAUCCUAGAAAAAUUUGAAAAAGAAAUGAAAAAGAAGGCCCUUGGCGCUGCCAAGGCCCUUAGAGGGGGGGCAGUGUUGUAG